AUGAGCGCAUGCCUUACCCCGCCCCCGCCCGACACGGGCCGCGUCAUCGUCCACCUGGACGCCGACGGCUUCUAUGCUCAGUGCGAGGAGCUCCUGGAUCCGAGCCUGCGGGGCAGACCCCUGGGUGUGACGCAAAAGUACCUGGUGGUCACCUGCAACUACGUGGCGCGCGAGUUUGGCGUCCGCAAACUGAUGGGAAUCCAGGAAGCGCAGCGCCUCUGCCCCAACCUGGUCCUCGCCAGCGGUGAGGACCUGGGCCCCUACCGGGCCGCCAGCCGGAGGAUGCUGGAGGUGGCCUCCCGCUUUGGCCCAGCUGAGCUGCUGGGGCUGGAUGAGCUCUUCGUGGACGUCGGGGCAGAGGUGGAGGGGCGGGCCGCGGUCUGCGCAGCGGGCCUGCACGCCAGGGCCGCCACGCUCGGAGUCAUUCCUGCUGGACCCAGUGAGGCAGCUUAUGUGGGGCAUGUCCAUCGUGCCGGCCAGCGGGUGGAGGCUGACUCGCGGCAUCGCGUCCAGGACCUGCGUGCCGUGCCGUGCAUUCCGCCGCCGGCGGGCGAUGCCGCGCCCGAGAAUGAAGAAAGCGGGACCGGGUGGCAGGCUCGCCUGGCGGCCGGGUCGAGGCUGGCGCUGGAGAUUCGAGCCGCCAUCAAGGCGGAGGCGGGCAUCCGGACCUCGGCUGGCGUUGCCUGCAACAAGGUCCUUGCCAAGCUCGUGUCGGGUCUGCACAAGCCCGACGACCAGACCAUCCUGCUCCCCCCGGAGGCCGCCGCGUUUGUCAGCCCCCUGCCGGUCCGAGCGCUGCCAGGCAUAGGCCACAAAAUGGAGGCGCAGCUUCAGGAGAUGGGGGUGCACAGCGCAGAGGCCCUGCGCUCCAUCCCGCUGCACAUCUUAGUGGACACAUUUGGGGAGCGCCUGGCUCGCAUGCUGUCCCGGCUCUGCUGGGGCAAGGAUGAUACCCCGGUGACCGUGCGCGGCCCCACCAAGGCCGUGAGCGUGGAGGACUCCUUCAAGUCCUGCGACAGCUGGCAGGGGGUGGAGCGAGUGCUGGCCGUGCUGACUCCCGACCUGCUGGCUCGGCUGCACGAAGAGGCACAUGAGCAUGGACGCUUUGCGGAAACACUGACGGUGAAGUACCGGUCACGCGAGUCCUGGGCCCAUCGCCCCAGCCAGUCGUGCAGGCUGCCCAGCGAGGCGUUUGACCCCGGGCUGGACGCCGCGGCGCAGGCGGGGUCCCUGGCCGCGGCCGCGCUGCGCACGCUGCGCCGCAGCCUGACCCCGCCCUUUGACCUCACACUGAUCAACCUGUCGGGGACGGGGUUUCGCGCGUCCUCCACCGGCCACUCCUCCAUCGCGGCAUACCUCCGACGCUCUCCACCUGCGCGGCCGCCGGAGCCCGGCCCUGCCGCGCCGUCUGCGCUGGGCAGGGGAGCGGCGCUGGCCGCCGCGGCCAGCCGCCGAGACUAUGGCGGCAUGGAGGGGCGGGGACGGGCCCUGCCGCCCCCGACCAGCAAGAGCCAGGAGCGCUGCGCUCGGGACCUGACUGCACGAGCCGCAGGCCGGGGCGCAGCUGCGUUUGACCCCGUCCCCAUCCCCGCCGGGGCAGGGAGUGGAGCAGGCCACAUGCCUGGAGCCGCCACUGGGAGAGGGGCGGGCCUCGACUGGGGCGAGGAGGGUCCUGCAGAGACCGACGACUUCUGGGAGGGUCUGGUGGGCUCCGGAGGCAUGAGUCGGUCGGCGCCUGCGCCACUGCAGCCGGGGCUGGGACCUGGCGCGGUGAAUUCUGGUGCAUCGGCCGAGACGACGCUGGGCGGCGGCGCGAGGGACUUGGGAGAGCCGCCUGAGGCGGCGCGGUGCGGCGGUGCCGCGAGUGAUCUUUCGCCGCCCGGCGCAGCUACAGACGGCGAGACCGCAGGAGCUCGGUGCCCUGCACCCGCAAGGGACCAGCUGAUCCUGCACUGCGAUGUGGACAGCUUCUACUGCGCGGUGGAACGGCUUGACGACCCCGGCCUCUGCGCCGUGCCCCUGGCCGUCACCCAGUUCAAUGGCGGCGGCUUUGUGGCAGUGAGCUACGAGGCCAGGGCCGCGGGCAUCCGGUGCGGGGAUGGGGCCGGUCCAGGGGCUCGCCAGGGGGUGCCCUGGCUGAAGGCCAUGGAAGCCGCGAGCGCCGACACUUGCCGUGCUCGGUGCCCCGGCCUCGUGAUCCGGCCCAUGAGGGUGGAUCGAUACCGACAGGUGGCAGACCAGGUCCUGGAGACCCUGCGCGGGCUCUGGCCGGGGGUGGCUGUGGAGAAGGCAUCGUACGACGACUUCUACCUGGACAUCUCGGGUGUGCCCGAGUCGGCCAAAGUGGUUGGCAGCCCUGUGGACCUCGAGUCCCAGGCUGCCACCGCUGCGCCCUUCCCGCCCCACCUGAAGGCGGUCGCAGGGCAGGGAGCCGAGGCGCGGUCUUUCACCCAAGACCUCUGGACGGCGCUGGCACCUGAUCUCCGGCGGGGCGUCGUCCAGGCCCAGCAUGCGCAGCGCGCGGUCCAAUCUGCCGUGGGGCUGACGGUGUCCUGCGGAGUGGCGCGCAGCAAGCUGGCCGCGCGACUGGCGUCCCCGCUGGCCAAGCCGCACGGGCUCACAGUCGUGCCAGACAAUGUGGCGGUGGCCUUUGUGCGGUCGCAACCCCUGUCCAGCAUUCCCGGCCUGAAAGGAAAGCGGGGCGCGGAGGUGUGCUCCCAGCUGGGCGUGCAAGCCGUGGCCGACCUGGCAAGCAUUCCUCGCGCACGCCUCGUCAGCCUGUUUGGCGAGGACAGGGGCGCCUUCUUGGAGGCGCUGGGCGCGGGGCAGGACCCUCGCCCCGUGGUACCCAGGGGACCGCAGCGCUCCCUGGUCGUGGAGCGCAGCUUCCCGCCGGCUUCCCCGGGCUCAGACGCGGCGCACGCCGCGCUGCGGGAGCUGGCGGCGCAGGCGGCCGCGCGAGCGUGCGCCCACGCGGCGAAGACCGGGUGUCUGCCGCGACGGGCCUUCCUUGCCUGGCGCGCCGGCUACGAGAGCGGCUGCCUGCGGCGUGGGUUCCCGGUGGCCCCCACGCUCCUGGCCCACCUCCGCCGCGGCGUCGGCGACCCGGAGCGGCGCGCCGAGUUGGCGCUGGCGCAGGCCGCCGCGAGCGUGCUGGCCACGCAGUGCCGGGCUCCCGAGCGCGAGCUGCUGACGCUGGGGGGCGCCGCGCUGGUUGACGGCGCAGCGGGCCUUCUGGCCAGUGCGGCGCCCGGGGAGAGGGACAGCCUGGCCCUGGCUCUGGCCCUGCAGCGCGAGGAGCUCGCGUGGCGGGGCAGCGGCGGCAGCGUGGGUCCCAGACCGGGAACCGUGCCUGGGCGUGCAAAGAGGGCGCGGCCCGCGGCGGGUCCCCUGGACGCAUUCUUCAUCAGGCGCAGCCAGACGCGCUGA